UAAGUAAUGGUUUGUGUCUCAGUUGCGGGCUAUUCGCUCUGCUGCUUGGCAUGGCGAGAAAGACAGAGAAUGAUGAUGCGAGAGGAUUGAGAGAAAGAAGUGAAGCGAUAUGUCGAGUUGUAAAGAGACGAAGGAGUGAGAGAAAGAGAGAAACAGAGAAGGUAUAGUGAGAAACUUACAUUUGCAGCCAGCCUCACUCAAUUGUGAACGUUCAGUAGUGGUGGAAUGUGAAGUUUUGUCCAUCAGAAGGACGGAGAGUUAAUUAGGAAUUAAAUUUAUUCUUUUUGGUGCUGGAAUAGCUGGAAGCUCUCUCCUGAUCGGACAUGGGAAGACUUUUCAGAGUGAUUUCCAGCUUGGCUUUGCUGGCGUUGUUCAGCAGUGUUAGCUCGCUCCCAUACUCAAAAUACGGAAGAUCAUGCAGCGAUAUUGGCUGUCUGAGCUCCGAGGUCUGUGUCAUGGCAGUUGACUCUUGCUCCUAUGGCCAGCGAGAGAACAAGGAAUGUGGACGAUAUCCGACGUGUCGCAAGAGCGGCGCAGCGGGAAGCAGCACUGGACCAGCCACGUCCCACUCCUCGGCUCCAUCAAACACUCCUGAAAACACCUAUCCUGCCCUACCGUCCGCACCUGCUGCUCCCGCUCCUGAACCCCCUCGACCCAGCUAUCCCACCUCAAGCGGCGGAUCUUCUUACCCAUACGGUGGCGGAAGCUCUUACCCGUCCUCAUCUGGGGGUGGCGGCUUCGGGAAUGUCAACCCUGGGGGAUAUGUGCCUCCCGGUUACGGUGGCGGGAGCUCUUAUAGCGGCGGUGGAAGCUCAUUUGGUGGCGGCGGGAGCUCUUAUGGCGGCGGCGGAAGCUCUUAUGGCGGCGGUGGAAGCUCUUAUGGUGGCGGAGGAAGCUCUUACGGUGGCGGUGGAAGCUUUUACGGUGACAGGGACCGAGGCGGCUAUCAUCCCCCGACCACGAAGAAGCCCAAGUCGUCAUCGGACUCCUUCGGAGGAUUCUUCUCUGGACUCAUCUCGAGUGGCAUCGGCAGCUUGAUACAGAACGCUCUGUCCAACCAAGGAGGCGCGACCGGCACCCGAGGCAGUUCAGGAUUGUCCAGUCUCUUCGGCGGCGGCGGUGGAUCCUCGUCAUCCGGCGCCGGAGGACUUGGCGGUCUAUUCGAUACGCGACACUUGAUUGAGAAUCGCAACUUUGGCGGUCUGUUCAAUGAGAAACCCUCGUCCAGCAGCUCUUCCACCGGCACUCAAACAUCUACCAGAGGUGCUGGCUAUCCUACGCAACCGCCACUCAAUUCUGGAUAUGCAUCCAUGUACGGCGGCGGCAGCUCAGCCACCAGACAAACGAGUACGUCUCAUCAAUCUGGGGAUACCCAAUAUGGAUGGAAAGUCUAAUGAGUGUUAAUGCCAUAUGAUAAAUCCAGUGUCUUAGGAACAUUAAAUGUAAAGCUAAAAGUGAAGGUUUCUGACGCAAAAUAUAUAAUAUACUCUUGAAGUCAUACUCGUGAAAGUCAACAAUAUAUUGAUUAUUUAUUAAUAGAUUGGAAUUUGGGAAUAUUUUACAGGCUUGCAAUCAUGAUAUGUAUAAUUUUAUAAAUUUCACGCAACAUAUUUAAUAAAAUGUCCCAGAAUCUUAUCUAUUUAUAAUUAAAUAUUAGCACUUUGUUCAGAAUAUGUGAAUAUAUUGAAUUUUUAUACAAAAUUUGAGCAUGACCAGAAGUGGAAACUUCAAUUUAACUGAUUCCCACUAUUGGCCACUCAAGUAAUUGCAAUCUUGCCCAAGCCUAACCUAGCAUAACUUCUAGCCGAAAUUUCAUUCAAAUUGGAUAAGUUAAUUUCUAAAACCCUUUGAAUAUUUGAAUAUGAGCCCUUAAAUAUUGAAAAUCUAUUAUCAACCAACUCUGUUUUUACCGAUUUGCAAUAAAAUCAGCAAAAAAGUUUACGCGAGUUUGAAAGUUUUCCUGCA